UCAGUCUGAGGUGGGACUGCAGCAGGGAGCAGUGCACUCUGGGGAAAAUACGAGGUUUGGAGGGAUUAAAACAUGCAGUCGAUAAUUGCAAAAAAUGGAUUGGAGACCCCAGAGCCGGUCAAAGCUCAAGUGCAAGCUUUUUAGGAUCACAAAGAAAAUGUGGUUUGCAGUCAAGCAUUAAAAACUGCAGGAACACACCAGUGAUGAUAAACCAGGUGAGUCUACAGUAACUCACCUGUGUGCUGACGUGCAGGCUCCGUCCCGUCGUGGCUGCAGGGCACUCUGCUGAGGAAUGGGCCUGGUCUUUUCUCCGUGGGCAGCUGCGAGUACAACCACUGGUUUGACGGCAUGUCGCUCAUCCACAGCUUCACCUUCAAAAAUGGUGAGGUGACUUACAGAAGCAAGUUUCUGAAGAGCGACACCUACAAGCGAAACAUCAAGGCCGACAGGAUCGUCGUCUCCGAGUUUGGAACCAUGGUCUACCCAGAUCCCUGCAAAAACAUCUUUUCCAGGGCAUUCACACACCUCUGUAACAUCGUCCCCGACUUCACCGAUAACAACUUGAUCAACAUCAUUCGCUACGGUCAGGACUACUACGCCUCCUCCGAGGUCAACUACAUGAACCAGAUUGACCCCGAUACUCUGGAAACUGUAGGCAGGAUAAACUACAGGAACCACAUCGCUCUGAAUCUGGCCACAGCUCACCCUCACUACGACAGCGAGGGCAACACCUACAACAUGGGCACCGCCAUCAUGGGCGUCUGUGGGCCUAAAUAUGUCAUCUUCAAAGUCCCAGCUGAUGCCUCAGAUAAAGAGCACAAAAAGCCGGCGCUGAGGAAAGUGCAGCAGGUCUGCUCCAUUCCAUUUCGAUCCACCCUGUUCCCGAGCUACUUCCACAGCUUCGGCAUGACUGACAACUACAUCGUGUUCGUGGAGCAGCCCUUCAAGCUGGACAUCGUCAAGCUGGCCACCGCCUAUUUCAGAGGGGUCAACUGGGGGAGCUGCCUCAAAUACGACAAGGAUGAUAUCACAUUGUUCCACGUCAUCAACAGAAAGACGGGAAAAGCAGCGUCCACACGUUUCUAUGGUGACGCCCUGGUGGUCUUCCACCAUAUCAACGCCUACGAGGCCGAUGGCCACGUGGUGUUCGACAUGAUCUGCUACAAGGACAGCAACCUGUACGACAUGUUCUACAUCCGGAACAUGAAACAAGAAACCAGCAACUUCAUCCAAUCCAACAAGAGCUUCUCCCCACCAGUCUGCCAGAGAUUCGUCCUGCCGCUCGGCAUCCACAAGGAAUCUCCCAGAGGAACCAACCUGGUUACGCUGACGGACACGACAGCUCAGGCGGUGGUGCAGGAGGACGGAUCCGUGUACUGCCAGCCUGACACCCUGUUUGAAGGCCUGGAGCUGCCAGGGAUCAACUACAACUUCAAUGCUAAAAAGUACAGAUACUUCUACGGCUCCAGGUUGGAGUGGUCUCCUCACCCCAACAAGAUCGCCAAGAUCGACAUCGUCACCAGGAAACACAUCGAGUGGCACCAAGAGAACUGCUACCCUUCAGAACCGGUGUUUGUCGCGUCUCCAGGAGCCGUGGAGGAAGAUGAUGGAGUGAUCUUGUCAUCUGUCGUCUCUCCGGAUCCAAACAUUUCUCCAUUCAUGCUCAUCCUCAACGCUAAAGACCUCGAGGAAAUUGCCCGAGCUUCCAUCCCCGCCAGCGUCCACAUUGACCUUCAUGGACAUUUCAUCUCCGCCAACGUCUAACCACCAACACGUGGGCUCUAUAGAUUAUUUAUUCCUUCAUGUAAAUUCUGUAAUAUUUUGCCUAUGUGUAAAAAAUAUUUUGGACAACUCUGCGAUUUUUGAAGAUGUGCCAGAAAAGGACGCGUAAAAAGACAACAUGGACCCAAAAGUGAAAAAAAGCUUUUUCUCAUUUUUCCAUUUUUGGUAUCCGUGUUUCAUGCACUUCAUUUGGGAAAUAUUUAACAUAUCGAAAACACAGUAAUCACAGCCAGAUUUCCAUUAGAUAUCCAGACCCCCCGUUUCCCAGACACAGUAAGUGAAAGCAUGAUGCAGAUUUUUUCUUUGUUUUUUAGAUUAAGAUGUUUUUGUUUAACUGUUUAGGAACAGGCUUUUGUAUGAGAUACUCAGUCACUUCUGCUGAAUAACCAG